AUGGCACCAAUCCCUCCCUCUCCCGAACUGAAACGCCCUACCCUGGCCACACAGGAACCUGCGGCCAAGGCCGGAACACAACGGAUUUCACCACCACCUCUCGACCCCCUCCAAGUGGACGACCUCCCCAGGCUCGGAAAUCUUAACUCUUCACGGCGCAGUUCUCUCGAGAAAGCCGCAGCUAACAACCAGUCUUCAAGUACUCUCUACAUGUUGGCCAACGAGUCGAGGGGCCGACGGAGCGUCUCCGCCCAAGCUCAGUCCCCCGCACAAGCCACCAACCGCUCUUCAACUUUUCCCAUCAAACAUGGCUCAGUCUCCUCCCCCGUCGACGGCGCCAGCACAAGCCAGAGUCCCUCCCGGGGCCGCAUGAGACGAAGCUGGCUCCCUGGCGGAAACAGAUCCCGAUCCAACUCUGUCGACGGCGGCAAAAAGGGCAACAAGGCGUAUGCCUGGGUCAUGUCCGAUGACACUCAGGCCGAAUACAAUACCAACUUUUUGCGCCAUGGAGAGAAGGUCCCCGAAUUGUGGAACGAGAGCGGCAAUGUGUUGGUCUAUCUGUACCCUCGCGCUAGCGGCGCUGGACCCUCCUUCAAAGUGAUGGAUUUUACCAUUAGCAGUUCAUACGUCUUCAACGAGCUUAUUCAAGCGAGCCUUGAUAGCUCUUCCAGCGGCCGAAGCCGAACCCGAAGCUUUGGUGGCCGCCACAGCCUCAGUGCAGAGGAUGCGACUCGGUUACGAUCACCUACCCAGUCCCCCCCAAUUCCCGAUUCUCCUGGGGACAUCAAGCUUUAUCUUCCGACAGCCACGGCUGAGAACAGCAACCUGGCCCUCCCAGGACAAGCCUCUGAUGCUGAACUGGACCGCUUGAUCUCUAUUAGGAAUCUGUUCGCCUUCUUGACCGGCCAGCCGCUUGUCGCGACAAGACAACACCCAACUGUCUUCCACGCCUUCCUCCAGAUUGCUGCGUUGCUAGAGGAAUUUGGCUUUUGCAGCGAUGACGGCUACACAUUCGGAAACGCAGCAGAUCUAAGUUUCGAGUUUUAUGUGGAGCAGCUGCAGCUUGCCGACUGUCGCAACAGCAGGGAAAAGACGGUACAGGCUAUCGUUCUUGGUGAGCGCAUGCGAUCAAUGGAUCUUUACAGCGAGGCGUUCGCCCAUGCUUCUGGAAAGUGGUCGGCCAUCACGGCGCUGAAGCUCCCAGUGCUGGGAAUGGUUUCCAAGAUUACACGGCUUCAACUGGAAAAGGCUUACCUUGACCUUGUGCAACGCCAGCACAACGUGAAUGAGCAUCUUGAGCAGUUCGAAUUUCCUUCGCUUUUCGCUGGUAUCGCCAACUCGACCUCAUCGGCUGAGCUGAGGCAAGUAGGUUUUGCCACAUGGAGAAAGUCAUUUGCCAAGAUGCGAUCUUUCGUUCUGAGUUACUACAAGACAACAUUCGGAAACUGGCCCCCGAAGGCCAGUAGCAGCAAGAAUCCGUUCGCAGAAAGCGGUUUGAACCGACUUGUACUCAAGGUUUUGUAUUCGGACAUGUGUGCCCUCUACGACUUGCUUGUUGAUCGCACAAAUUUGACUUCAAGAGUGAUGGAUGAGGUACCAGCCAUGUCAGAGGAUGCGGAUAAGAUGCUCACGUCGGCCCUUCGAAACAUCAUGUCGGAAUUUGACCGAUCCCGACCACCUGUUCUUCCGCCCAUUCCGUACGAUCUGCCCCAAUUGCCCUCAAUGACUUCAAUUUUUGAGGCGUAUACCAGUCUUGGCUCCAAGGGCCAGCUCAAGUUCGACAAGAAGAUCAAAGAGCAUGAACUGAUCCUGGUUCUGAACAAGGCUUACAACUAUGACACCAACCGUCUCAAGCUUCCCUUCCUGGACCAAUUCAAAGCAUUCGAAGUGCGUGAGGCUCGUGGUAAGACCCAGAGCGAAAUGGCGGACCAACGUGUCGGCUACUGGCUGUUCUUAUAUGUCGUUAUCCAGUCGCUGCCCAUGCUGGUCAUUGAUGCUCCAGGCGUGAAAUUUACCGAAGGUACCGAAUAUUUCCUCUGCGAACCCCCCAUGGGUAACCCACCGUGGAUCGAGGAUCGCCAGGUGCAGAAGAUGUGGUAUGAAGUUGCUGGAGGAGGUGGUCUGGUUGAGCUCUCCACAGAUGCCGUUCUUUUCAGUGUGGAGGCUACUUAUCAUCGCAGCCACUGUUGGCUGGCUGCAAAAUCCUGGGAUGGCGUCCCUGGUGCAGAAGCUCCUGUCAUUGAAGAGCCUGCCCUGGGUGCCUUGGAGCCCCCUCCUUCUUUCCUCGGAGCCAACGAGUACUAUGCACCAGGCCCUCCAUCUAUGGGUGGUACAUCAACGCCCCCUCGUUCGCCCUCUGUCGUAUUACGGCCACGCACUCUCUCACCAGCUGGUAGCCGCGCCAGCCACGCUUUCCGGUCCAGUAUCGCCAUUGGCCUGGAGCCUGUACCAAUGCAGCCCCCGAACGUGUUUGGCGGCCACCAGCGCAGCAGCUCACAUGGGCCGCGACCUAUGAGCAGCGCGCUUGGAAUGAGGAGCAGCCACUCUGUCGGUAACCUGGCGGCUUUGAAUCUGCAGCACCAACAGCAGCAAAACAAAAUAGAGUCAUCCACCCACGAGGACAGCGGUGCUACAUUUGAUGAUAUCUUGCAGGAUAAUAACAAGAAGAAGCAGCCUGCAAAGAAGAGGUUUUUCUUUUAA